AUGUAUUUUUAUCAUGUUUUCGGAGUUUUCAGCUUUAUGGCACUUGCACAAGCCCAUGCUACCAACACAGAGUUCACACGAAUUGAAAAUGGAACAUUGGACGACCUCUAUGUUCAUUCACAACAAUCCGUUUUGUUGAACAGCAUGGCAUCAUGCUCAGCUCAUUGUUCUCAAAGCGUCGGUUGUAAGUCAUAUACUUGGAAGAAUGCCACAUCCAGCUGCGUGUUGUUGUCAACGGACAUCACAAGAAUCGUUGUGGGCCCUUCUAUUCCCCAAGACAUUGCAGUAUACACUAAAUAUUAUCGCAGUUGCUCUGAGUUUGGAUACGAAAACAUCGAUGGCAUAAAUGGAUAUUGUUUCAAAAACUAUGUUGUAACGAAAUCAUACUCUGAAGCACAGAAAACAUGUCGAAACGAUGGAGGACAUCUCGUACGAAUAUCAACAACGACCAAACAUGGACACAUUCAAUCGUUCAUGAAGCUGAAAUCAAGUAGAGAAAUAUAUAUUGAUGGAACUAAAAUCCCUAAUGGAAGUUGGCGUCUUUCUGAUCAAAGCAUCAUCUUUCUUAAAUGGCGGUCAGGGGAACCAACAGGCGGUGAUGGCGAAAAUUGUGUUAUGAUGUUUGAUGACGGGACGUACAAUGAUGUUUUUUGCUACUCUAUGAUUCCUUUUAUGUGCGAAAGACAACUCAAUGUAUAA